UCGACGCUCCCUCCCCCGGUUCUCCCCACGGUAUCCCCCAUUUCAGUACCGCGAGAGUUCGGGCUCCGGGGGCGGAGUGAGCUCAGCGCAUGACCGACAGCGAGCGGCGGGGCCCGGCAGCAGUCAUGGCCGACUCUGUCACCACUCAGCCCAGAAGGCAGUUUCCCAGGAUCAGUAAAUCCAGAGCUUCCACUCAGCUGCAGUUCCUUGCCUCAGACUCAGGGAGCUAUUACAACAGGAGAACAGUGCAGAAGAGGUAUGCCAGACCCGAAAACCGCGAGCUGCGAGGAAUACCGCCCUCCCUGAUCAGCGAGUGGAAAGAAAUGUUUAAGACAUUGUCACGGGUGAGAUGUCCAAGCUCAGGCUGCUGGGUGGAGUUUCCCAGUGUGUACGGACUGAAACAACAUUAUCAGCGAUGCCAAGGGGCUCCCCUCUUAUCCCGGAUGGUGCUCUCCUGCCCGCACUGUGAAGCUGUCUUUGCCUCAAGGCCACAGUUGCAAAAACACCUAAUGUGGAACCAUUCAGAGAAGGAGGAGAGUGGUGAAAACAGGAUAAGCCCACAUGUGGUCUCUAAUGGGGCAAAAGAGAAGUACAAGGGGGUGAUGAAAAAAGGAACCACAGCAAACAAAGUUUCAAAGUCGGGUACAGUGCAGACCACAGGGGAGAGAGGAGGUCUCCCCCAUGUCAAGGCCAAUGGAAAAAAAGCGGAUAUAUGUCUGUCUAAUGAGGACCCAGAGAGAAUGAGGCACAGAAGGAAACAGAAGACUCCAAAGAAGUUCACAGGAGAGCAACCGUCUAUCACCACCACCUUUGGCUUAAAAGGUUUAGGAAAAACAGAGGACAAGUCCAGAGGGAGACAGGGGCGGAUUUUACAAGGGAGAGUUGAGGAUCAAAAGAAGAAAGCUGAAAGUGUAAACCUAAGACUGGAGCACAUCAUGAAGCCCCCUUCAGGCAGUGUGGACGACAAGUGCCAACGUCUGAACAACAAGAAGGGUGAGGUGAUCUGCCCCAACUGCUUAUCUGUUACACGGAAAACCAUGGCAGGGUUAAGAAAACACAUGGAUGUAUGCGAACAGCUGCAAGAAGCACUGCGGUGUCAGCAAUGCAGGAAGCAGUUCAAGUCUAAAGCCGGUCUCAAUUAUCACACUAUGGCAGAACACAUCAAUAAGUCUUCCAGUCCUGACAGUAACCCACUGGAUGAUCCCAGAGGGCGGGAACGCUUGAGAAAAAUGUUGAAACAGAUGGGAAAAUUGCGCUGCCCUAAGCAGAAUUGCUCAGCCACCUUCUCCAGCUUGAUGGGUUAUCAGUACCACACCCAACGUUGCGGCACACAGCAGUGUGACCGAGAGAAGCUGCACUUUUCCUGCCCUCAGUGUAACAAGGCUUACCAGUCCAAGGCUGGGAGGGAUUACCAUGUGCGCUCGGAGCACUGUGCGGAUUCUGAACAACCAGGGCCAGAGUCAAACCAGACGGAGGUGGUAGAGGAUUUUGAACGGACCCCAAGUGGGAGGGUGAGGAGGCACUCAGCACAAGUCGCAGUCUUCCAUUUGCAGGAAAUUGCAGAGGAUGAGCUGGCGAGAGAAGAAGGCCGAAGGAGAAAGAAGGAGGAUUUGGUACCUGACAGCAGGAGGUUGAACUACCUCCGCCCUGGCCUGCCGACCUUUAACCCCCAGCUCCUGGAUCGCUGGAAAGCGCUUGUGAAGGAGAACGGCUUCAUUUGUUGUCCCAAUAAUUGUUGUGAAGCAAUAUACUCGAGCGUCUCUGGGUUGAAGGCUCAUCUAGCAAACUGUAAUAAGGGCAAUCACUCUGGGGGGAAAUAUCGAUGUCUCCUGUGCCAGAAGGAGUUCAGCUCCGAAAGCGGUGUGAAGUAUCACAUCCUAAAGACGCACUCACAGAACUGGUUCCGGGUGUCCAACGUUUCAUUGCCACCCAAAAGGAAAAGGAGUUCAGAAAUCUCCCCGGAUAUGUUGGAGAUAAAAGCAAUAGACAAGAAUAAAAAGAAGAAACUCGAGGAGAAAGGCCCGAGUCCGCCUCCCACAAAAGAGACUCCAGUUGCACUAAUAGCCCAGCCUAAAAAAACAUCAAGUAAACUCGGGACGUGUACAGGACCCAAGGGGAAAGUGCGGAAGGGUGGCCCAUCCAGAAGAGGGAAAUAACACCCAUCUGGUGCCUCAAUCCGGUUCAAAAGCCCACUUCAGUAGCUAACAGUAAUCACACCAAUCAAUAUACACAUUCCUAUGUGUGCUCACCGCUACAGCGUAACACAGGACCAAGUAUACUCAAUAUCGUCUAGCUACUACUUGAAAGUCAGUAUAGAAAAUAGUGACGCUAUUAUUGAAUAUAAGUAUAUAAAUUUAUAUAGAAAGGAUAUCCGCAGUCUAAAAUUAAAGCUAUAUCGCCUCCAGAAAGGAAGCUACUGUAAGUGACAACUGUGCUCCUGGGGAGACACUGGUAACAUUGUGUUUAGAUGCAAAGUUUGCACUAAGGAAUAGCGACCAUACAGGACCUUGGAUACUAACUGCAAACUGUGCAGCUUGCAAUCUCGAUGCUCCUCUUUAUCUGCGCCAAUGUCUGAAAAGAAGCAUUACUGAGAAAUGUGACCUAAAAGGGUUUCUCAGUUUUACCAAUUAAAAUUAAAAAGGGGUUGUAAGGGACUAGAAACUGCACCACUCUUGUGAAUGGUUGUGUUUGGUAUUGCAGCGCAGCUCCAUUCAUUUUAAAGAAGUUAUCCCAUCUUGCAGUUUCCAUGGCGAGAUGGGACUAAGCACCAGGAGGCCAGGCUUACAGGAACAGCUCAGCAGGCUGGCGCUCCGCUGCUUAUGUAUCUCUUAGGCUCCAUUCAGACGUCCGUAGUGUUUUGCGGUC